AUGGCAGCGUCAGAGGAAACGGAUCAUUUGAAUGGUUUGUGGCAAACACUUGUAGAUACCCCGGGUGUUCCGUCACACAGUGUUGUGAAAGAAAUUAUAUUAUUGCCCUCGACACCACAAGACGGGGAGAAAUUGACCGACUUAAUUGUGAGAUCACUCUCUUCUUCCGACAAAAAGGUCGUUCUGAAAGUGCUUUACAUGGUGCAUAAGAUGCUUCGGUCUCCUAACUUUUCCUUUGAAAAUUUGGGGCUUACAGGAUUGAUAUCUUGUUUGGAGCGAAUUCGACUUUUUUGGAUGAAUUAUGAAGAUUCACAAGCACUUUCUCUUUUAGUCAUCACAUACAGUGAAUACGUCUGUAACCGUCUUGAGAUGGCAAAGAGUUUGCCAAAUCUCGACCGAACUACUUUGACUUUCAAAGAGUCUCCACCUCACAACGAAGUCGAGAAGUUGGUAACAAAGCUCUUUGGUGUUCUUGACUCGUUUAUAUUAUGCAUUCAAACUCUGGAGAAAAACAUCGACUUCAUCAAGCUAGAAAUCAUCACUGAGAUGCUCAGAGAAGGAAAGCUGCUUUACACGUUGUGUAAAGACCUUUCGAUUGAAAUUUACAAAAAGGCUGAAGAUGACGAAAUGGCGAUGUUCUGCGUUGAACGACUUAAAGUCAAUUUCUGUGAGAUGGGGCGACUUUACAGCGAGUUUUACAUGUCACCAUUCAUCAAGGCUCUUGUUAGUGAGGAUCUUGGAAGGUUUCCAGAAUUUGAAAAAAUCGAGAAGUGUAAGACUGGAAGAGGAGAUGUGUAUAUAGACGUGAAGUGGAAGGACGUCAUGAGAAAUUGGUUUGAGUUUCAUCGAUACGCGAGUGACGAGGAAAUAAGAAAAGUUGAGGAAAAAGCAAUACAAUUUAGUGUAAUGUCUGAGCCCAUCACGCCACGGAAGAGUGAAGCAAUGAAAGUGAAAAGUAUUGAACAAAUCACAAAGGUCAAGACGAUAACAAGUGAGUUAUCAAAUAUGUAUGAAGGUGUCGGUAAAUUCCGCAAAGGAGAAGAAAGAAAUAAGACGGAGAAAGCUUUAGCGAAACAGUACAAACGGAUCAUUGGAAGACUUAUUGCAUUGAGUGAAUGUGUCUAUGAAGUCCUCAAAACAUCCGAUGAGAAAUGUUUUGCUGACUCGAGUGAAGAUCUUCGUAAAAGUGUUGAGUUGGGCUGUUUAAGUAAGAUGGAACGUCCAUUGAAAAACGGAAUUUGUCACCUUGAAAAGAUUAAACAGAAAAUGGGCGAGAUGGUCAAUAACUUGUAUAGUGGGAAAGUCGAUUGGAACGUCAUUUCGAAUGAAGUCAAAUGUAUCAAUGGUGAAGCGAAAAAUGUUGCGAACUUUGUGUUUGCCAAUUUUGGGGAAGAAAAUGAAUUGACACAGAAGACCGACAAUGUUGUGCAAACCGUUGUCUUGUUAUCAAAAGACUUGUCUGUUGAAACAUAUUCCGAUGUCUUGUUGAAAAGAAACGUUUCAAAAACUACUUUGACUAUUAACGAGAAACAAAAGAGUGCUAAACAAGAAGAACAAAGCCAAAAGAAUAAAUUGGGUGAAAUCAAAUUCAAAGGAAGAAAUGUGUGA